UACUAGAAAUCAACUCAACAAUCAGCAAUCAGAGGCUUUGAGCAGCACAGAAUUUGGGAACAACAACACCUUCUUCUUCUUCUUCUUCUUCUUCAAGUCAAACCUAAACCAAGAACACACACUAGCGGUUACUUUCACGCAUCAACAAUCCAGUCGAUUACGCUCUCGGAUGAUCACGGUUCAUAACCUAGCUACGGCGGUGGUGGCGGUUGGCGGAGGAUGAAGAAAUUCAAGGUGAAGAACACCGGAUUGUUACCUAAUUCCUUGAAGAUUAUAUCUUCGUGUAUUCGAACUGUUUCUACUAAUGCUAGCACCGUCGUUCGUUCCGCCGGUGCGUCUGUUGCUGCUUCGAUUGCAGCGUCUGCUGAUGAUCACAGAGAUCAGGUUUCACGCGUAAAUCCCCUGAAGAAUUAUAUGGAUAUGAAAGUGUGGAUCCUGCUGUUAUUGUUGUGCUGCAAUUGUAGUUGUAGCGGUAGCAGCAGACAAGUUAUAAAGGGGGAGAAUGAUGUGGUGUGGAUUGUUCAGCUAUCUGAUCUUCAUUUUAGUGUUCAUCAUCCUGAGAGAGCUUCUGAUUUCCAGGAAUCUGUGACUCGCACUCUUUCCAUGCUCAACCCUUCACUCGUCUUAAUCACCGGCGAUCUCACUGAUGGUAAAAGCAAGGAUCAUUUAACAAUGAAGCAGAAUGAACAAGAGUGGGUGGAAUACCAAAAGACAAUGGAGAAUGUUAUAACAAAGAGCGGCCUCGAUAGAAGCAUCUUUUAUGAUCUCAGGGGGAAUCAUGAUAAUUUUGGUCUGCCCACUGCGUUUGACUUUUUUUCAAACUAUAGCAUCACUGCUCAGCUCGGAAGAAGUCAAUCUGUCAACACCGUUACUCUGCAGACUAGCACCCGGAAUGUUGUGUUUGUUUCAUUCGACACCACAAUGUCUACUGGAUUACGGGGACCCACAAAUCUCUUUGGGCAUCCAACUGACCAACUCUUAACGGAUUUAAACUCUCAUCUCUCCCAAUGGGAUUCCACAUCAUCAACCAAGAUCACCUUCGGCCAUUUUCCACUUUCAUUUUCUGCACCCACAAGGUCUAAAAAUAACCUACAACAGAUUUUCCUCAACCAAUCCGUAACCGCUUACCUGUGUGGCCAUCUUCAUUCAAGAUUCGGUAAGAAUUUGAAACGACGUCAUCAAGAAACGGAUAGCAGCAACCUCAUCCAACUAAAUAUGCAUCCAAAGGGUACAUCAAAAAAGGUCAAUGACUUUUGGGAACUGGAGAUGGGUGACUGGAGGAAAAGUCGAGCUAUUCGCCUUUUGGCAAUCGAUAAAGGUCGUGUAUCCUUCCUCGACACAGAUUUAAAGACGGGAUCCAAAGAAAUUUUGAUAUUGCCUACUUAUCCAUUGGAUUCCCGGUAUAUGUUGAAUAAAUAUAAAUUUGAAUCAACGGAGGAUACAUCUCAUAUCAGAGCCCUAGUUUUUUCAUCAGCUAUCAUCGCAUCCGUUAAGGUGAAAAUAUACGACUCUAGCCGCCAUGAUAUGGUGGUUCUAGAAGCUUCCAUGAGUAAAAAUGAUAACUUAUACACUGCCCCAUGGAACUCAGAAGCAUUUGUGGAUCCAUCUCCUAGUAGAUAUUGGCUAGAAAUCCAAGCAGUUGAUAACAACGGUGUAACAGUUUCAACCGAAUUGAUGCCUUUUUCGUUAAAUGGGUUACGUGCUGACCUGUCAUGGACAUGGAAGGAGUUUUUUGUCAUGGGGUGUCAAUGGGCGGAACUAUACUACCCGAUAUUUUGGUCAUUCUAUUUAUUUGUUUUCACCACUCUUAUUCUACCCAAAAUCAUCAUUUCUGUUUCGAAAAAACACUACACAUACAAAUACUUCAAGGCGAAUAAAGGGGUUAUAAACGGUUUGACAUGGGUAUUUGCUGAGCUGGACAGUAUCCCGUUUUUGUGGAAUUUAAUGUUAGCAUACUUGUUGUACCUUAUACUAUGUCCAUGGAUUUCAGGUGAAGUUUUCAGUAAAGGAGGUCAUGGUGAUAGGGGAUACAUGACAUAUAAAGGGUGGGUGGUGAAUUUUGAUGAUUUAAAAAGUUUGGAGUUUAUCGGAUUCCCGGAUAUAAUGGUAAUUGUUAUUCCUCAUAUCUAUUUUGUGGUAUUACCAGCUGUUGUUAUAAUUGGGGCACUGGCUGCUGAGAGAGCAGUGUAUCAAGAUCAUGUUUGUUCACUUUCUGGAAAGAAAAGAGAUGAUGAUGGAGAAUCCAGGUCAAAAGAUCACAACGUAAGUGGCUGGAUGUUGCGUAAAUGGGCUAGGGGUAUACUUGUAAUUUUCUCUCUGGCGGUUUGUUGGAAGCAUUUUAAGAACUGUUGGGCUCUAAUGAAGGCUUAUGAGAUGAACCCAUUGGUGCAUUUUCCAUUUUAUAGCUUCUCAAUCCCGUUAUUACUGGCUUAUGCUUUUCUACAAGGCAAAAAGACUAUAACGCCCUUUGCUUGUUAAAUCUCAAUCCCGUUAAGCUUGAUGGCAGACCUACACGAUGGACUUGAUUGAGGUCUCGAUAAUCGGUUGUUCUAAAUUCAAAUCUUCUCUAAAGAAACUAGUUUUCAUUGGUCAAGGAUAAAUUAUACAUGGACAAAGAAACUCAUGGUCAUGGGCAAAUAUGUUAAUUUAACUUAAUACUUUUAACUUCAGUUAUGUACUUCUUAACAAGCCUUUUAGCUAGGUCUAUAUAGAGGAAAUUUGGUA